CAUCGCAUGAUAUCCAUGUGUGUAUUUCACAUGUACAAGAUGGCGGUGACCAGGCGAAACCACAGGCGCUCGGCGUCUGAAAUAAGCGACCAUUUUCGCUUCAUAAACGAACAAAGUGUGGAAGAUAUCACCCUAGAGUUUUUCUACAAGCCCCACACUCUCACCCUCCUCGUGGCCGCGCUUGUGGCCACUGUUUACUUCGCGUUUGCAAAGACCAGUGAGACCGAUAAUGACGGUAAUAUUCGCAACGGUUUGUGCUGCGUCGUUUUCUUCUUUCUGCUCAUCAGCUUAUUGGCCUUUCCAAAUGGACCAUUCACAAGACCCCAUCCUGCAGUAUGGAGAGUCGUAUUUGGGGUCAGCGUCAUGUACAUGCUGUUCCUGGUGUUUGCUUUGUUCCAAAAUUACGACGACAUCCGCAAAAUCAUGUUUUGGUUCUUCCCGGACCUUGAAGCUAACCAGCCGCUGGAAAAGGAGUAUGCAGUCAACUGCUCAGACAUCACUUUUGAGCGCUUCUGGAGUCACUUGGACUGGUUCGCCUUCUCCCAUUUCUUCGGUUGGAUCGUCAAAGCCAUGAUGAUCCGUCACUGGGGCAUACUGUGGACGCUUAGCCUGACGUGGGAACUGACCGAGUUUGCAUUUAUCCAUCUCCUGCCCAACUUCGCCGAGUGCUGGUGGGACGCCCUCCUUCUAGACUUUCUGAUCUGCAACGGUCUGGGCAUCUGCCUCGGCCUGUACCUCUGCAAGAAACUGGAGAUCACUUCCUUCCACUGGGACAGCAUCAGGGAUAUUCGUUCGACGUCAGGAAAACUAAAGCGUGCCGUUCUGCAAUUCACUCCUGCAAGCUGGACCCAGGUGCGUUGGCUCGACCCUCAGUCUUCGUACAUGCGAGUCAUUGCGGUUUACAUCAUGAUUUUUAUUACACAGUUGGUUGAGCUGAACACAUUCUUCAUGAAGCACAUUUUCCUGUUUGCUCCGGACCACCCCCUCUGCAUCCUUCGCAUUGUCCUCAUCUGUCUCAUGGUCACGCCGGUUCUCAGGCAGUAUUACUCGUACGUCACAGAUCCUGCCUGUAAAAGAGUCGGCACCCAACUUUGGGUUUUUACGGCGGUGACGAUCAUCGAGUCCCUAAUAUGCGUCAAAUGCGGCCUGGAUUUAUUCGCCCAGACCAUAAUUCGCAACGUUGUGCUUUGGCUUCUAGCACAGAUGUUGUUGACUUUGAUAUGCUUGUACGGCAUCGUACUACAAACAAGAAAAGCAGGAAAAGUGGACAUGGACAAAUCGCGCUACACCAAAAAGUGGGUGGAGAAUUCGUACGUUGAGGAGGUGAACGGGCUUUCGCCCGGCGGGGGGCGAGCGGAACCCCCCUCCCCCCACCGCUACAACACCCGACGCCGCGGCAUGGCCGGCGGUGACCCUAACUGAAACCACAACCCCGAAAUUGGACCUGAACUAUCUGGGGGAAAAAUACGAGAACUCGACAGUAGAAGGUGACGAAAUGAACUUGUUACUGAAUUUUGCGCUUUGACAAUUGUGCUUUUCAGUAAUUAAGAUGUGUGUUCAAAGACGCUACAAGAAAGUUUGUACUGGACAAAGGAUUCUCAGAGACACCCUUGUCAAAUUUAAGACAAUUUUUUUUUUUUUCAAAAAGUGCUGCGUUUAGCAGCAGGAAUUUCAAUAUGGAGAAGUUUUCUAUAAUAUUUUCUCAGUUUAUUGUGAUGUCGUUGUGAGGCUAGCUGGCUAAGGAUUAUGGCCACUGACAGUUCUCUGAAAAUAAUGUACUCAAUCGCUUCAUGGGCAAUUUUUCCUGUUUACAGAGUAUUGUGCUAGCUCAUGUUGAGUUAACUAAUCUGUGCGCAGUAACGGUGCCAGACUUAACAUUUUUUUUGGGGGGGGGGCAAAGAAAUAAGGGGGGGGGGGGGCUGUGCUGGGGGGACGUAUUUAUGUACAUAUAGCCGCGUUUUAGGGCAAUUUCCGAGAGUUCCCAGUCUUUAAUACAUUCAAUGUACAUUAAAAUGAACACCUUUAUAAUAAGGCCCUUGGGACUACAAAUUACCAUGUUAUAACAGGUACCAUGUAUUAACAGUAAUGAAAAACAAAGAAAAACAAAGUUUCUGGACCAAAAAUUACAUUGUUCUUUUAUCAGGGUUCGACAGUAUUGACUUUGCGUCUCUUUUCUUUUUUCCUUUCCUUUUACUUAAAUUGUUCCCUUUUUGUCUCUUUUGUUGGAAUUUCUCGGGUAAGGAGACAAUUGGGGGCAGAUGCACCCCUUGACAACCCCCCCCCCCCCCCACACCCUAAAUUAAAAGUAUUUGGGAUGGAUGUGGCAUUUGUAAGAUGGCAAUGAAACACAGCUAGUUGUAUUUAAUGAAGUAUAAAAUCAAUUGUUUAGUGUAUAUAUUUUUGAUAAUAUAACCAUGGACGUAAUUAUAUACAUGUGGUAUCAAGUGAAGUUAUGUAGAGAAUCAACAUAGGAUAUAAGUACUUGUGCUGCUCUGUCAACUUGAGGAAUAUGUUUUUUGAGAUUAUUCCGGUCGUGUUGCUUGGUUGGUUAAUUUAAAAUAGGGGAACUUGUUCUGCUCUGUGGUAUUGAGGAAUAAGUUUUAGGAUAUUACAUUUAGAAUUGUGUUUCUGUUAAGUUGGUGUCGCGAUGUUUCGUCACAAAAAGUAACUAUCAGCAUUCAGUUGUUUAAAAGUAGGGUAUAUCAUUUGUCAUUUGGGCAUUUCUUUUUCGUUUGAAGCAACAAAAGUGCUAGAAAUCUUAAGACAGGUAGUUAACAACUAACCUGAUGAAAAUCCACACCCCUGUUUUGGAGGAUUUCAGCGGAUUCAGGAAUUUAUGAAAAAGUUGGGGGAUGUUGAUGGAUUUAGGACAAUAAGCCAAGCGGUACUGCAGGAUUUUGAUGGAUUCAGGAUACCUCCAUAUUGAGCAGUUUGGGGACUUUGAUGGAUUCAGGAUCUCAACAGUGUAACUCCUUGGCUAUAUGUUUGGUAUGUAUGAGGUAUAUGUACCACACUGGUGUAUUCUGAUGGAUUCUGAUGGACUCGGGACACCAAGAUAGUUAGCAUUACAGAAUUGGUGGAUUUGGCGGCUUCAAGAUACUUUCUAGUAAAAGUGCUCACGGGGUUAGGAUAAAUGCGCUUCCUGGAUAUUUUUGGUCUAUUUGUAUAAGUGAGCUGUGAUAUUUGAAACUUCUGAAGAUUGGUGGUUCGAAUCCAGCUUAUGCCAAUUCUCUCGGCUUUUGAUGUAGUGUUGAGGUCUAUGUGAAAUAUUUUGUGAGCCUUAAAAUUUAAAGCUUUCUUUGUGUCUUUCAAAUAAAAUAUGACAUGAAAUAAGAUUUAAAAAAAGUAAUGGUUUUUUUUUAAUUAUCAAAGGAAAACAAUGUUUCUUAAUAAAUUUCCUUUCUUAUCAGAUACAUAAACAUUGCAGACUGAUUUAGUCCCAGUACAUUCUGAAUUAUGCACAGUACUCUAAAGAAGCCUCAUUUAUGACAAAUUUCAGUGUGAAAAGUUAUUAAAUAUCUCAUUUAUUUCAAAGCAAUAUUGUUUAACAUGAAAA